CAAAGUACCAUUCUCCGGAGAGGGGAGGGCAGGAAAGAGAGAAACAGAGUGAGAGAGUGAGAGAUAGAGUGAGUGAGUGAGAGAGAGAGAGAAAGGAGGAGGAGUAGGAAAAAGUUGCAAUUUAAACACAAUUGGAUAGACUGUUUGGAGACCUUCAUUGCAAACAUGGGGCUGGGAAGAGGGAAAGAUGAGUACAAACUGGCGGCCACGUCCGACAAUGAUAAGAGCAAAAAGGCCAAGAAGGCUAAGGAGAAGAAGGACAUGGAUGACCUCAAGAAAGAAGUGGAUCUGGAUGAUCACAAGUUGACCCUUGAUGAGUUACACAGAAAGUAUGGAACUGAUCUAACCAGGGGGCUGUCCGGGUCCAGGGCCAAGGAGAUCCUCGCCAGGGACGGGCCCAACGCACUGACCCCUCCCCCCACCACCCCCGAGUGGGUCAAGUUCUGUAAACAGCUUUUUGGUGGUUUCUCCAUGCUGCUGUGGAUCGGUGCCAUUCUGUGCUUCCUCGCGUACGGUAUUCAAGCUGCUUCUGAAGACGAGCCCGCCAACGAUAACUUGUACUUGGGUGUUGUGCUUUCCGCUGUCGUCAUCAUCACUGGGUGCUUUUCCUACUACCAAGAGGCCAAGAGCUCUAAGAUCAUGGACUCCUUCAAGAACCUGGUGCCACAGCAAGCCCUGGUGGUCCGCGAUGGAGAGAAGAAGAACAUCAACGCUGAGGAGGUGGUGGUGGGAGACCUGGUGGAGGUGAAAGGAGGAGACAGGAUCCCGGCUGAUCUCAGAAUCAUCUCUGCUCACGGCUGCAAGGUGGAUAACUCUUCCCUGACCGGAGAAUCAGAGCCACAGACCCGUACUCCAGACUUCUCCAACGAAAACCCACUGGAGACAAGGAACAUCGCUUUCUUCUCUACAAACUGUGUUGAAGGUACUGCCAGAGGAGUGGUCAUCAACACUGGAGACCGCACCGUCAUGGGUCGUAUCGCCACCUUGGCCUCUAGCCUGGAGGGAGGAAAGACCCCCAUCGCCAUCGAGAUCGAGCAUUUCAUCCACAUCAUCACCGGAGUGGCCGUCUUCCUCGGAGUGUCCUUCUUCAUCCUGUCCCUCAUCCUCGGGUACGGCUGGUUGGAAGCCGUCAUCUUCCUCAUCGGUAUCAUUGUCGCCAACGUGCCCGAAGGACUGCUGGCUACUGUCACUGUGUGUCUGACUCUGACGGCCAAGCGCAUGGCCAAGAAGAACUGCCUGGUGAAGAACCUGGAGGCUGUGGAGACCCUGGGAUCCACCUCCACCAUCUGCUCGGACAAGACGGGCACCCUGACCCAGAACAGAAUGACCGUGGCCCACAUGUGGUUCGACAACCAGAUCCACGAGGCCGACACCACCGAGAACCAGAGCGGGACCUCCUUCGACCGCAGCUCCGCCACGUGGGGAGCCCUGUCCAGGAUCGCUGGCCUCUGCAACCGCGCCGUCUUCCUGGCUGACCAAAACAACGUGCCCAUUCUUAAGAGAGAUGUGGCUGGCGACGCCUCAGAAGCUGCUCUCCUCAAGUGCAUUGAACUGUGCUGCGGAUCUGUCGCUGGCAUGAGAGAAAAAUACCCCAAAGUUGCUGAAAUCCCCUUCAACUCCACCAACAAAUACCAGCUCUCCAUCCACAAGAACAGCACACCCGGAGAGACCAAGCACCUGCUGGUCAUGAAGGGAGCCCCAGAGAGGAUCCUGGACCGCUGCUCCACCAUCGUGCUCCAGGGCAAAGAACAGCCCCUGGACGAUGAGAUGAAAGACGCCUUCCAGAACGCCUACGUAGAGCUGGGAGGUCUCGGAGAAAGAGUUUUGGGUUUCUGCCACUUCAGCUUGCCCGAUGACCAGUUCCCAGAAGGCUUUGCUUUCGAUACAGAGGAGGUGAACUUCCCCACCGAGAACCUGUGCUUCGUCGGACUCAUGGCUAUGAUCGACCCUCCCCGUGCCGCCGUGCCAGACGCUGUGGGCAAAUGCAGAAGUGCCGGUAUCAAGGUCAUCAUGGUGACAGGUGACCACCCCAUCACAGCUAAGGCCAUCGCCAAAGGUGUGGGCAUCAUCUCUGAAGGCAACGAGACCGUGGAGGACAUCGCUCAACGCCUCAACGUUCCAGUUUCUGAAGUUAACCCCAGGGAUGCCAAGGCCUGCGUGGUGCACGGGGGUGAGCUCAAAGACAUGACCUCAGAGCAGCUGGACGACAUUCUCAAACACCACACAGAGAUUGUGUUUGCCAGGACCUCACCACAGCAGAAGCUCAUCAUCGUGGAAGGAUGCCAGCGCCAGGGAGCCAUCGUGGCUGUGACAGGUGACGGUGUGAACGACUCUCCCGCCCUGAAAAAGGCUGACAUCGGCGUUGCCAUGGGAAUCGCCGGCUCCGACGUGUCCAAACAGGCCGCAGACAUGAUCCUGCUGGACGACAACUUCGCCUCCAUCGUGACCGGAGUGGAAGAAGGCCGUCUGAUCUUUGACAACCUCAAGAAGUCCAUCGCCUACACCCUGACCAGCAACAUCCCCGAAAUCUCUCCUUUCCUCCUCUUCAUCAUCGCCAACAUCCCACUGCCGCUCGGAACUGUCACCAUUCUCUGUAUCGACUUGGGAACUGACAUGGUCCCUGCCAUCUCCCUGGCUUACGAAGCAGCUGAGAGCGACAUCAUGAAGAGACAGCCCCGAAACCCCAAAACAGACAAACUCGUGAACGAAAGACUUAUUAGUAUAGCAUAUGGUCAAAUUGGUAUGAUGCAGGCCGUAGCCGGGUUCUUCACGUACUUUGUGAUCCUGGCUGAAAAUGGCUUCCUGCCCAUGGACCUGCUGGGCAUCCGAGUGCUGUGGGAUGACAAAUACGUCAACGACCUGGAGGACAGCUACGGCCAGCAGUGGACAUAUGAACGCAGAAAGAUCGUAGAGUUCACCUGCCACACGGCCUUCUUCGCCAGCAUCGUCAUCGUGCAGUGGGCCGAUCUCAUCAUCUGUAAGACCAGGAGGAACUCCAUUCUACAACAGGGAAUGAAGAACCGUAUCCUGAUCUUCGGGCUGUUUGAGGAGACCGCUCUGGCUGCCUUCCUCUCUUACUGUCCUGGUAUGGACGUGGCCCUCAGAAUGUACCCUCUCAAACCCAGCUGGUGGUUCUGUGCCUUCCCAUACUCCCUCCUCAUCUUCUUAUACGAUGAAGCCAGAAGAUAUAUCCUCCGACGCAACCCGGGCGGCUGGGUGGAGCAGGAGACAUACUACUGAGCACAGACUGGGAGAAACCGUUAAAUCAUUUAUCAAAACACAUCAAAUCGAGACAUUUGCUGCCAUGUUACAUCUGUGUUUAAGAUUUUAGUUCAACCAAAAGAAAAAGAAAAAGCCAAACAUGAGUAACUUAUGCAUUUCUAUGUGUUGGUGUCAUUCACAAUAAAACUGUUCUGUUGUACUUUA